AUGUCUUCUUCCACUUACCAAUCGGGCAGUGAUCGUCAAAUACUUCUGACGAUGCUUAUUCUAUUUGCCGGCUUAGCUACAGUUCCGGCAAAUGCUGCUUCUCCGGUGAAGAAGAUUGAUGAGCCCAACGCCGGCGUGAAGUGCGGCGCCUGCCCAUGCGUAAAUCCAUGCAACCAGCAACAGCCGCCACCGCCGCCUCCGAGCUUUCCGUCCUCGCAAUACUGCGCUCCAACUCCGCCGAUGGCGAUGACGCCGCCGCCGCCGAGGUUUGUUUACUUUACGGAUCCAAGGGGGUAUUUGUAUCAAAGAGAUCCAUUUGAUCUGCCUAUCUACUCUUCCGCAGAUUGGAAUCUUGCGAGUCCACCGGUUUUGGUGGGAUUUGGAUUCUUACAGCUACUGCUGGCGGCGCUUUGGUAA